AUGGCUCCCCUGUCGUACUCCAAGACCGCCAAGGUCCCCCGUCGCCCGUUUGAGGCCGCCCGACUUGACUCCGAGUUGAAGCUUGUCGGCGAGUAUGGUCUGCGCAACAAGCGCGAGGUGUGGCGUGUCAUGCUGACGCUGUCCAAGAUCCGUCGUGCGGCCCGUCAACUCCUGACGCUCGACGAGAAGGACCCCAAGCGGCUGUUCGAGGGCAACGCCCUGAUUCGCCGUCUGGUGCGUGUCGGUGUGCUCGACGACUCGCGCAUGAAGCUCGAUUACGUGCUGGCCCUGAAGGUCGAGGACUUCUUGGAGCGUCGUCUGCAGACGCUGGUCUACAAGCUGGGUCUGGCCAAGUCGAUUCACCACGCGCGCGUGCUCAUCCGCCAGCGCCACAUCCGCGUCGGCAAGCAGGUCGUCAACGUGCCGUCUUUCAUCGUCCGUCUCGACUCGCAGAAGCACAUUGACUUCUCGCUCAACUCGCCCUUUGGCGGCGGCCGUCCUGGCCGCGUCCGGAGAAAGAAGGCCGCGGCCGCCAGCAAGGGCGACGGCGAGGAGGAGGAGGAGGAGGAGGAGUAG